AUGGUUGUCAACCUCUCGGUCGAUCUUGAAAAUGAACCCAAACCAGUGCAACAGCCGUCUGAUUCAGACGAUAACGAAAUCGAGUUCAAGGUUGCUUCGCCUACGUUCGACGCCAUCUCCAAACCUAGACUGCUUAUCUUUGUGAUACUAAUGGCAAUUACGCAGAUAUUCGCGCAAGCUCUGCUUGCACAAUCUCUUGUUCCGUCGCUAUACAUUGCAAGAAGCUUCCAGAAACAAAACGACCCGGGAGAGAUCUCCUGGAUGACGGCAGCUUACUCAUUGACGGUGGGAACUUUCAUCCUAAUUUCAGGGAGACUUGGAGAUCUGCUGGGAUAUAAAAAAGUCUACGUCGCAAGCUACAUAAGUCUGUCGGUUUGGUCUCUGUUGGCAGGAAUCAGCAGGUAUAGCGGUUCAAUUGAGUUCUUCGACGUGUGUCGUGCGUUCCAAGGGCUAUCUGUGUCUGGGGCAGUGCCCAAUGCGCUCGGUCUUAUGGGGCACUAUUUUCCCCAAGGAAAAUUGAAAAAUAUGGCCUUUGGCCUUUUUGGCGCCGUGGCCCCCAUGGGAUUCGUGUUUGGUGCUCUUUUAAGCUCUAUCUUUGCCGAGUUCACUUUCUGGCCCUGGUCGUUCUACGCAACCGCCAUCAUCUGUCUUGCAAAAGCCGCUGUUUCGUUGCUAAUAAUUCCAAAAAACAUAGCCACCGUGCAAGAAAAAUUAAGACCUCGGCAUUUCGAUCUCUGGGGCUCAGUCACAGGAGUCAUAGGCUUGGUGCUUAUCAAUUUUGCGUUCAACCAGGGCCCCGUCGUGGGCUGGGAAAAACCAUACGUUUAUGUGCUACUAAUCAUCGGGUUUAUCUUUAUGGUUGCAUUUGCCUGGACACAACGAGUCGGGUCCCAUCCACUGCUCCCCAAACUCAAUCUCGAUGUCAUCUUCACGCUGUGCUGUAUUGCUCUCGGAUGGUCCAGUUUCGGCAUCUGGAUUUUUUACACCUUCCGCUUCGCUUAUGACAUUUUAGAUGUUUCUCCACUGGUUGCAUCUGUCCAAUUCCUUCCAUCUAUUAUUGCAGGCAUGGUUGCAGGAAUGGCAACUGCCCAGAUAAUUACAAAAGUCCCCUCGUCCAUUAUGCUCACAAUUGCACUGGCCUGUUUUGUGGGAGGACUCGUGAUCAUGGGGUUACGACCAGAGGGCCAAAUUUACUGGGCCCAGAAAUUCCCGUCGAUCGUCAUUGCAUGUUUUGGAAUGGAUAUCAGCUUCCCCUCGGGAAUCAUCAUUCUGUCCACAGAACUCCCUAGACGUCACCAGGGACUCGCGGCGUCUCUGGUCACAACCGUGGUGAAUUACUCGAUUUCAAUUGGCCUAGGCCUGGCUGGAACAAUCGAGUACUACAAACUUCUCCACGGAGCCUCAACUUAUACCGGCAUCAGAUGCGCUUUUUACAUGGGGAUGGCUCUUGCAGCUUCGGGAUUCGUUCUCGCCCUCGUGUUCGUGUACCACCAGCUAAUCAGAAAGAGAUAG